AUGGACGCCAAUGGCAGCAGAGAUGCGCACUCUGCCGUCCGCGGCUCCGGUAGCGGCAGCGGCAGUGGUGGUGGCCGCUCUGUAUCCAUCAGCGUACCUCCUGCCGUUCCUCGACCUCGCAAGCGUACCGCGUCGUCGAACGGCGGCGCCUCGCUGACGUCUUCCAUUGCCAACCUGGCCAAUACCAUCAUCGGUACAGGCAUGGUCGCUCUGCCGGGCAACUUUGUCCAUACUGGCUGGCUCUUGGGGCUCUUCCUCAUUGCCCUGUGUGGCUUCACGGGCGCCAGCGGUCUCUAUCUGCUGACAAGAUGUGCCAAUAAGCUUGGGGGAAGGAGGCAGAGUUUCUUCAGUGUCGCUAUGAAGACCAUACCCAAAGGAGCGAGGUGGUUCGAUCUGGCAAUCGCACUGAAGUGCUUUGGCGUCUCCAUAUCUUAUCUCAUCAUCUCUGGCCAAUUGAUGCCUCAAGUGGUCCUCUCCUUUCUCAAAGCCGCAGGUCACUCGCAUGAUGCCAUACCGGAUCUUCUUCUGGACCGGAACUUCUGGGUGACCCUCUUGAUCACCCUGCUGCUGCCACUCUGCUUCCUCCGCAAGCUCGACUCGCUGCGACAUACAUCCUACCUCUCUCUCGCAGCCGUAUGCUACCUCGUCGUCAUCGUCGUCUUCUUCUUCAUCAAUCCAAACCUACGAGGCUCGCUCCCGCCUCGGGGGGAGGUGCACAUCGUGGUGCUCUCCACCCACCUCUUGCCCAUAUUUCCUGUCUUCGUCUUUGCGUUCACCUGCGCACAGAACAUGCUGCCAGUCUACAAUGAGCUGUCCGCAGAUGACGCUCUGAUGCACAUGGAUCGAGCUCAAUGGGCCAUCGGGGCUAGCAUCGGAGGAGCAGGCUGUGUAUACGCCGUGGUCAGCGUUCUGGGCUACCUUGAGUUCGGCGGGACCUUGGGCGACAACAUUAUUGCAAUGUAUCCCUCAUCAUCCAUCUUUGUAGCAGUAGGGCGACUCUCUAUCGUCCUACUGACCAUCUUCUCGUAUCCUCUUCAAGUACACCCGUGUCGAGCUGCCAUCGAGAAGGUCAUCUACCCACCUCGCUCCGGUGUUGAGCUACCGACAGGUGACGAAGACGACGACGAAUCAGCGGACGAGGACAGACAGGGUCAAGCAGAGGACGAUCAUGACAAUGACAAUCGAGGGGAUGUCGACCAUCAGAUUUCCCUCCUCUCUGGUGCCUCCUAUCCCUCGCAUUCCUCCACUGCAGCAUCAGACGAGAUGCCACUCAAGCGCUGGGUGGUGAUCACCUGUUUGAUCCUCACAACAACGUUCACAAUAGCCCUCUUAGUGGAUGACCUCUCCCUCAUCCUUGGCUUCGUAGGCUCAUUGGGAUCGACAACCAUCUCCUUUAUCCUGCCUGGCGUACUGUACGCCUCGCUGCAUGACCGGAACGAUAAGCUCAGGAGACCAGCGCAGGCACUUGCUGUAUGGGGCGUCUUUGUGGGCACUGUGGCGCUGGGAGCCAAUGUGCUAAAGCUGAUCAGGGCGGGCGUGACUGUGGGAGCCGGGGCAAAGGCAGACCGCAUCUCAGCCCUGCUGGAGAGAUGGUGA